CAUGCUGUAGAGGAUGGGGAGUGUUGGAAGGGGUUGUAGAUUAGGGCCGGUGCAAGGAAUGCCUCCCCCAGGUAACAGAUCAGCGAGAUGCUUGGCAGGGGCCUGCUGAGGGCUUCAGGUGGUGACAGGAUGGCGUGAGAGUCUGAGAGGCUACAGGGAGGCGGGCGGGGGCGGGGAGGUGGAGGAGGCCACCGGCGUGGAAAUUCUGCAGGCUCUUGUAAGAGCGUGGUCUUGUCUACCCCGCAGGUGCUGUGUUGGGCGCAUCCUGGGAGUAGGAAGAGUAGGGGUGGAAACGUGGAGAUCUGUGUUAGGAGGAUGGCCCUGUGCAAAGGUGGCAGUGGGAGAUUUGGAGAGAAGUGGCCAGAUUCCAGACACAUUCCUGCUGGAACAAGGGAACUGGAUGAUGGAUUGGUCAUAGGUGGUGAGAGGAAGAGGGGAUGCUGAGGAAGAACAGAGCGGGUUUUUAGGGAUGGAGGAAAAUGUCAGUGAAACAGGGAGCGAGCAGGAGUGGAAAAAAAAAAAACUCCUCUGAGUUAGACUGGUGGCAUGUUAAGCUUGAGCUAGCUGUUAUCCAUCCAUAUGACAUAUGGUAGCAGGGCUCUGGAGUUUAGAGGAGAGCGUGUCAAGUAGAGAUCCAUUUUGGAACCAUCCUGUUUAUAGACAGAUCCUGGAAGAGAGUGUGGAUGAGGAAGAGGACCAAGGGUUGGCCGAGCCCUGAGCUCCCCUACAUUUGCAAGUCAGGAAGAAGGAACCAGUGCCCAGAAGGGAGGAGAGUGGCUUCAGGAGGGAGGGACCCCUUGGGGAUUGAGCAGAGACUGUGCAGUUUAGCACCAGCCAGUCCAGGAGUGGAGUUGGGGAGGAGGAUCUGAGUGUCAGGGUUUGAGAUGGAAGAAAGCAUGUAUUGACAGCACUUUUGAGUUGCUUUGUUGCAAAGGGGGUGGAAAGAAAUAAGGCCAUAGCUGGAGGGGUGGUGGGGUGAAGGGUUUUGUUGGUUAAAGAUGGUAGCUAGAGCUUGUGGGUAAGCUGAUGGGAACAGUCUAGUAGAUGAGGAAAAGUAGGUGGGAAUCAGAGUCAGAAGCAGGCAGUGGGGAGGGAGGCCGUGUAGGGAUCCUCAACCUCAGCACACUGGUGUUUUGGACUGGAUCAUUCUGUGCUGUGGAGGGCUGUCCCUGUGCACUGUAGGGUAUCAAGCAGCAUCCCUGGUCUCCCCCCACUAGAUGCCAGGAGCAUCGGCCCCUCCACUGGAUGACAGUCUCCAGGCAUUGCCAGAUGUCCCCGGGGAUGGGAGUGCAACUGCUCCCAUUGAGAAUUACUGCUAUUUUAGUUGAAACAUGGGAACAUUGUCUUCUGAUUGCUUUUACGUUCUCAGUGACAAAAUUGAUGGCAAGAUCACAGAAACAUGCUCAGUACCACCUGUUGGGUGUGAUGGUUGGCUCCCACGCAGACAUGGCCCCCGCCUCUACCGCCGAGGGGCCUGGGGAGAAGCCUGGCCCCGCAGCCCCUGCACCGACCGCCCAGUACGAGUGUGGGGAGUGUGGCAAGUCUUUCCGGUGGUCUUCCCGGCUCCUCCACCACCAGCGCACACACACAGGCGAGCGACCCUACAAGUGCCCUGACUGCCCCAAGGCCUUCAAGGGCUCCUCGGCCCUGCUCUACCACCAGCGGGGCCACACAGGCGAGCGGCCCUACCAGUGCCCUGACUGCCCCAAGGCAUUCAAGCGCUCGUCGCUACUGCAGAUCCACCGUAGCGUGCACACGGGCCUGCGGGCCUUCACAUGCGGCCAGUGUGGCCUGGCCUUCAAGUGGUCCUCACACUACCAGUACCACCUGCGGCAGCACACGGGUGAGCGGCCCUACCCAUGCCCCGACUGCCCCAAGGCCUUCAAGAACUCGUCCAGCCUGCGGCGCCACCGCCACGUGCACACGGGCGAGCGGCCCUACACCUGCAGUGUGUGCGGCAAGAGCUUCACCCAGAGCACCAACCUGCGGCAGCACCAGCGCGUGCACACGGGCGAGCGGCCCUUCCGCUGCCCCAUCUGCCCCAAGACCUUCACGCACUCAUCCAACCUGCUGCUGCACCAGCGCACCCACAGCGCAGCCGCCAGUGCCCCUGCCCCACCGCAGGAUGAGCCCAACGCCAAGGUCUUGAUGUCUGACGCCUACCUGCAUGCACCUGUGCCCCCACCGCCGCCUGCGCCCCCACCCGUGGUGCCUGAGCUUUUUCUGGCGGCGGCGGAAACCACGGUGGAGCUGGUGUACCGCUGUGAGGGCUGUGAGCUGGGCUUUGGUAGUGAGGAGCUGCUCCUGGAGCACCAGCCCUGCCCCGGGCCAGAGGCAGCCACCCCUCCCCAGGACGCACAGGCCACGACCACCCCCAAGGCAGACCCCGCCCCACCGCCUCCCCAGUCCCCACCAGCCCCCCCACCACUGCCCCCGCCCUCGGCCAACCCCCCGGGCUUUGCCUGCCUCCCAUGCGGGAAGUCCUUCCGGACAGUGGCCGGCCUCUCCCGCCACCAGCACAGCCACGGGGUGGCCGGCGGGCAGGCGUUCCGCUGUGGCAGCUGUGACGGCGCCUUCCCGCAGCUGGCCAGCCUCCUGGCGCACCAGCAGUGCCAUGUGGAAGAGGCGGCGGCUGGACGCCCGCCCCCUCAGGCCGAGGCCGCCGAGGUCACCUGUCCCCAGGAGCCGCUGGCCCCAGCAGCCCCCGCCCCGCCCGCGCCCACGCCAGCCUGUACCGAGCGGCCCUACAAGUGUGCAGAGUGCGGCAAGGCCUUCAAGGGCUCCUCGGGGCUGCGCUACCACCUGCGGGACCACACGGGCGAGCGGCCCUACCAGUGUGGCGAGUGCGGCAAGGCCUUCAAGCGCUCGUCCCUGCUGGCCAUCCACCAGCGUGUGCACACGGGCCUGCGGGCCUUCACGUGCAGCCAGUGUGGGCUCACCUUCAAGUGGUCCUCACACUACCAGUACCACCUGCGGCUGCACUCGGGCGAGCGGCCAUACGCCUGCGGGGAGUGUGGCAAGGCCUUCCGGAACACGUCGUGCCUGCGGCGCCAUCGCCACGUGCACACUGGUGAGCGGCCCCACGCCUGUGGCGUGUGUGGCAAGAGCUUCGCGCAGACCUCCAACCUGCGGCAGCACCAGCGUGUACACACGGGCGAGCGGCCCUUCCGCUGCCCACUCUGCCCCAAGACCUUCACGCACUCGUCCAACCUGCUGCUGCACCAGCGCACCCACUCGGCGGAGCGCCCCUUUGCCUGCCCCAUCUGCGGCCGCAGCUUCGUCAUGGCAGCCUACCUGCAGCGGCACCUGAGGACGCAUGCCCCGGCCCCCGCAGCUGCCGGCCCCGCAGCCCCCGCCACCAGCUCCCAGCCCCCUGCCCCGCUGGUGGCGGCCCCAGCCCCAUCCACCACCCAAGAUGUCCAUGUGCUCCCCCAUCUCCAGGCCACACUCUCCCUCGAGGUGGCAGGGGGCCCGGCUGCGGCCCCACCCCCGGGCCAGGCAGCCCCCAACUCCCAGACUUUUCUCCUGGUGCAGACGGCCCAGGGCCUCCAGCUCAUCCCUAGCAGCGUCCAACCCCCUACACCUGCGCCCCCACCUCCUCCCCCCAAGCUCAUCCUGCUGCCCUCCUCCGGUACUGGUGCUGGGGGCCGCCGCGGAAGGCAGGGCACACGUGCAGCAGGGAAAUCUGGUCAGGGGCCUGGAGUAGUAUGGCUGCCGGGUCCUGGGGGGUUGGGGGUCCAGGGAGGGGGCAACGCAGGGGCCAGUGGGGGAGGGCAGAGCCUCAUUGUUCUGCAGAAUGUAGGGGGUGGGGAGGCAGGGGCACAGGAAGUGAGCGGGGUCCAGCUCCAGCCCCUCCGGCCAGCCCCCGAGGUGACCACGGUCCAGCUCCAGCCCACCCAGGAGGUGACCACAGUCCAGCUCCAGCCGGCUCAGGAAGUGACCACAGUCCAGCUCCAGCCUGUGGCAGGCCAGCUCUCCAAUCCCAGCGGGGGAGCUGUGACUCCUGAGGCCCCCAAUCUGCUGGUGGUUCAGAGUGGAACAGCUGAGGAGUUGCUGGCAGGUCCAGGCUCUGGGGAGCCAGGUGAUGGUGAGGCCAGUGCUGGUGUUGUCCAGGAUGUGCUGUUUGAGACACUGCAGACAGACGAGGGGUUGCAGAGUGUCCUGGUGCUGAGUGGGGCAGAUGGGGAACAGACCCAGCUGUGUGUGCAGGAGGUAGAGACCCUCCCUCCUGGGCUGGCCGAGCCUCCAGCCCCUGGCCCUCCAGGACAGAAGCUGCUCAUCAUCCGCAGUGCACCUGCCACUGAACUGCUGGACAAUAGCAGCGGUGGGGGAGGUGCUGCCACACUGCAGCUGCUGGCCCCCCCCCAACCUGGCCAAGCCUCUGCCCCAGUGGGCAUCUCCACAGCUCCCACCUCCCAGAUGGUACAAGUGGUACCCACUGGCGCUGCACCUGGAGGUAUGACCCCACAGGGCCUACCCUCCAUCCAGAUUGUCCAGACUCUGCCCGCAGUCCAGCUGGUGCAUACAUUUUGAGGAGAACCACUGGGACUUAAGUGUGCCCUACACAGAGACCCCAACUCGCUGGGCUGGGCUGGGCUAGAGGGAGGGGAGCUGCAGGCUGGGCUUGCUAAUAAAGACUGGAAACUUC